AUGGCCGAAACGGCCGGCCUCGCUAUUGGUGUGAUAGGGCUGGCAGGCCUAUUCACAACAUGCGCCGGGUGUUAUCAGUUGGUUCGGCGGGGAGCUCGAUUGGAAAGGGACUUUAAGCUGCUCGAGACGAAAUUCGACAACCAAGAGCUACGAUUACUCUCUUGGGGCAAGGCUUGUGGCUUAUCGGAGAUGGGCAUGGAGCAGUACGACAAACGACUCGAUGAUCCCGUGCUACGAUCAAGAGUAACAGCCACUCUGGAGUGUAUCAAGGACCUAUUCCAGGAUGAGUCGCUUCUCAGAAAUCGAUAUGGGCUGGUGCCACCAAAGCAGCGUGGUAGCAAUCGUGCACCAGCCCUACAAUUGUUGGGUUCAAGCUCCCUGGGUACAAGACACCCUUUUUUCUUCUGGAAGAAACAACAAAGAGCCUCCCGACUUUGGAAUACCGCUUCGUGGGCUAUUUCGGACAGGGAACAUUUUGCACAACUGAUCCAGCAUCUUAAAGAUUUGAACGACGAUCUUGAAGCCAUGACUCGCUGCUUCGGAGAUAUCGCUCUCAAACAACGCCAUAUCGUUGAGGUUGAGAUAUCCGAAGUUGACGAUCUAGAUACACUGGAAGAGAUUGCUCUUGCCUCAAAAAACGACGAAGAUCUCAUCUCUGAUACCGUCAGUCUGCGUCUCAACUCAAUCCGCUCCGCUAGCAUCCGGAAAGGACACGACGUCGAGACUUCUGUGUCAACCAUCGACGAAACUUUGACCUUCAACCAAGAUCGGGCUUUCCAACCCGCCUCUCCACUCAAAGAGCCCCCGAUUCGCACGAGGUUCAAGUGUGUGGUUGUAGGGGACCGAAAUGCGGGAAAAACACGCCUUCUCAGCGCUUUCGCAUAUAACAGACUUCCAGGACCAUACAGCCCAACAGUCUUUGAUAGCUGCAUCAUCGGCUGCCAAAUAGACGGAGUCGACCUUCAACUUGAGCUCAAAGACACGUCAGGACAGGAAGACUACGACAAACUGAGACCUUUCUCAUACAACGGGGCUGACGUAGUUCUUUUGUGCUUCCGCGCCGAAAAUCCUACCGCCGCUAAAGACGCGAUCCUGGGAAAGUGGACAUGGGAAAUUAAAAGCUAUUGUCCGGAGGUACCCCUUGUUUUGGUUGGACUGAAGAAUCCAGAUGAAGAAGCAGCCGCCGGUCCAUUCCAAGAACCGCAAGACUCGGAUGACUUCGUCCCUCUCUGCAUUACAAAGGACAUUGGAGCCACAAGCUACUUUUUUUGUGAUCCAGAGACUGGAUUUGGGGUGCGCGAACUACUAGAAUUCACGUUGCGAACCGCUGUUCAGUCUAGCCAACCGCCACCAGCAACACCGACUCGCGUUAAAAGGAGAAGUAGGGUCACGGAAAUUGUAAAGGACUUUAUGGGGCAGCAGAAUGAUGGAUGAAAGUGUGCCGCGAACCACCACAGGGAACCGUGAAACAGGACGAGUUCGCAAACAGCUGGAUGCGAAGCACCAAAGCGUGUCCUAUCACUGACAUUCGCAAUAUCCUACCAAUGAGCCGAGAGGCAACUAUGGAGGUGAAUAAAAGGGGUUAGAUAGCUACCAAACGCACAUUUCAUCACAACAGGGUAUGACAACCGGAAAAGAACAAGGCGCCACAAUAUUUUACAUUUUCCUUCCAGCAUCUAGUGGUCUUCUCGACCACUGCAAUUGAACAGUAAUUACAUUAGUACCUUGGGUACAUUGCCUCAAAUCUCAAAUCCCCCCG